AUUACUUCACGUUAAAACCUGUCAGUUUUAUAUCAGAAAAUUACAAAAUGUCAAUACACAUUUAAAAAUAAAAAAAUCUCAAAAUUUCCAGCAUACAACCAUCAAAACUAAUGGAGAAAUUCCAUUACAUUCCUUAAAAGGAAACAAAAUUCACAAAUAAUGAUAUCAAGAAUACUAUGUAACAUCUGUUCUAGAAGAUUAACCUACAGAACAUGUAAUAUUUUAAACAGAACACUCACUAACCGUCCCACAGCUUUUACAACGCAAACUAUGGUGAGAUAUUACAGCAAAACGCCGAAAACUCCCGAUUUAAUUUACAUUCCGCACGUAUUUCGAUGGUUGAAAACCAAAUUCCAAUUGAAAUAUCUUCAAAAAACGUGGGAUCCGGAAUUUACAGAAGGCGCUUUCAUAUACGGUACAUCGAAAGCCGUAUGUAGAAUAACCGAGAUCAUUCAUAAUAAUCAACCUGAAGAAUUGGAGGAUCUAAUGACACUUUCUGCUAGGCAAAAAUUGAAAGAAGUUAUGAAAACAAGGUUGACUAAAACUCAAAAGGCUAUUAUAAAAUUAAAACCUGAAGAUAUCAAAAUUCUAGUACCAAUAACUGUGAGUUUUAAAUCGAAUAAAGCAUCGCAGAGAGAUUGUACCAUCGCUAUGAGAGUAUUAGCUUUGAAAUGGAUUAAAGCCAAAACUGGUCCAAUGAGACUUGUUUUAGUGGCUGUACAGACGGAAUUCCAACGGGAAUAUAAGGCUAAAGAAAAUUCAGAUUGGACUAUUAGUUCUUUUGAUAUUCUAGAAUGUGUAGUUCUAUCUACUUCACCAAACUAUUAAAAAAUAUAAUUAUUACAAAUACCAUUAGUUAUUUAUUAAAAAUGCAAUUAAAAACAAAUAAAAAUAAUCCUAUAUAAAUAAAAUUCUCUAUAGUUCCCAGAGUUAUCAGCAGACCUGACAUUAACAUUUAUGGAUUUGUAAACUUCUCUACAAUCAUUCAAAAUACCAGAAAUUUGUAAAUUAUUAUCACAUUAUUUGCUAGAAUGUCUUGUUAUAAACGUGAUUGAACUCCCAGUAUCUAUGAGACACCUCUAACUAUAAAAAUGAUUCAUCUUUUUUGAGGUUAUAAAAAAUUGUGCUGUUACGAAUGAAACAAAAGGUUUAUUCGAUGCGAGGCAACUUUUGUUGCGACAUAUAUUCACGAGUCGUUAGCCGAGUUGUGUUUUCAUGAGAAUUAAAAUAUUUAUUUAGUGAAGUAUUAGCUUGAUUUUGACCAUGUGGUUUGUUAUAUGAAAGUUUUGUAUAUUAUUUUGAUUAAAAUGUAAUAAAAUAUGAUGAUUUUGU